AUGUCGAAGCACUCUGUAUCUGUCCACGAUGCGGUGUCUCAGCUGCAUAACAGACGCGUCAAGAACAUCCGACCCCUCAUUCCGCCUCAGAUAUUAACUGAGGAGUUACCGUUAACUUUGAUUGAGGCCAACACCGUGAUCAAUGGGCGUAUUGCGACAGAAUCUAUUCUUCGCGGAGAUGAUGAUCGACUGCUUGUGGUUGUCGGUCCAUGCUCCGUGCACGAUCCACAAGCUGCAAUCGAAUACGCCCAGAAGCUAAAGGCAUACAGAGAUAGUGCAAAGGAUGAUCUUGAAAUCCUGAUGCGCGUUUACUUUGAGAAGCCGAGGACCACAGUUGGAUGGAAAGGCCUAAUAAAUGAUCCACAUAUGAAUGGUACCUUCCAGAUCAACAAGGGCCUCCGAACGGCUCGCUCCUUGCUCUUGGAAAUAUCUAAAAUCGGAUUACCGACUGCAUGCGAAUUCCUUGACACGAUCACGCCACAGUACUUGGCUGAUUUGACAACAUGGGGCGCCAUUGGAGCUCGUACCACGGAAUCACAGGUACACAGAGAGUUGACGAGCGCACUGAGUAUGCCAGUCGGAUUCAAGAAUUCCACAGAUGGAGGACUCGAUAUCGCUGUCGAUGCAUGCCGCGCUGCAAGGUCCGGCCACUGUUUCCUGUCGGUUGGAAAAGAGGGUCUGAGCAGUAUUGUUGAAACAGAGGGAAAUCCUGAUACGCAUGUUAUCCUCCGCGGUGGGGCUUCUGGACCAAACUACGCAGCCGAAUACGUUAGAUCGGCCGCCUCCAAGCUGGCCAAGGCAGGACUACCCCAAAAAAUUAUGAUUGACUGCAGCCAUGGAAAUAGUUCAAAACAACAUCAGAGGCAAGUGGAAGUGGCGGACGAUAUUGCGUCGCAAUUAGAAUCAUCUGAUACAGCACCCUACAUUAUGGGCGUGAUGAUCGAGUCUAAUCUUGUCGAAGGGCGACAAAACAUCCCCUCGACAGGACCUGCUGGGUUGAAGUAUGGUCAAUCCGUAACAGAUGCAUGUAUAUCAUGGGAGACUACAAUUCCUGUUCUCGAUCGGCUUCGUGCAGGCGUGCAGGCGCGGAGAGCAAAUCUUCAAAGGCAGACGGGCAGAAGUUCGCCUGUUGCUAGUGGAACUAGGACACCGGGGCAGCAGCACGACAGUGUCAAUGCUUGA